UUAAGUAUUUUUUUGUUCCUACCAAAAACAAGAAAAUUCUAAAAAUUAUCCCGCAAAUUUCCAGAAACAAUUGCAAGUUACAAUCGCCCUUUCCAUACGCUGCUUCAAAUCUUUUCUUAAACCGAUGAAAAGUGCGAAAAGAAGAAAUCUUUUCCCGGAAAAUAUUUUCUUAAUUUGAGAUUAUCAGCCAUCAAAGAGUGAAGCAAAGAGGGAGGGAGAGAGAGAAAAAAAAGUAAUGGUAUCAUCAAAACGGGGAGCAGCAGCAGAUAACGGUAGAGGAAGCAGUAGUAGCAGUGCCCAUUUACACACUCUCCAUCAACGUCUUAAACAUGCUUUAAGUCUUGGUACCACCAGAUUGUGUGAUGAUAAAGACAGGAAAUGGAAGUGUACGGAUAUAGAGAUUCAGAGGCAUGUCGUCCGUUCUCUUGCUGCUUUUCUUGGUUCUACUUCUGGACAUGCCUCGCACCAUCGGCUUCUCAAGGAUUCACUUGCUGAUAUAGUUGAGGCAUUGGUGUGGAUUGUGCAAUGUAAAAGUGAAGCGAUAGUAGGUAUGGCAGCAGAUGUGGUGGUGAAGUUGGUUAGCACUAACAGUUCAAUGAUGCAAUUGUAUUUGACAGAUCUCAUCAAUCCUUUGUCAUCCUUGUUAUGUUCCAACAAUUUAGAAGUUGCUACUUCCUCUGCUACUGCUUUGAAUGUGAUCUUCUCCAAUCUAAGUGUCAAGAGGGAGAAAGAAGUGUGGGAGAUAGUCAAAGAAUCAAAGACUGUCAUUCAGAUUUGUAGGAUUAUGCAGGAAUUUCUUGGUGGCACCCUGCCAAUUGAGAAUUUUCAAGAGACGGCUUCCCUUUUGUAUACAAUAUUGUGGCGGUGGCCUCCAUCUCGUUAUUCUGUGUGGAAUGAUACCAUAUUGAUGAAAGCUUUAGAAGAUAGUUGCAUAAAAUCUGUUGUAUCUACAAAAGUUGUGGUGUUGAAAUUGUAUUCUGCAUUAGCCCUAUGCAAUAAAGUAGCCAAGGAGCUUCUGGAUAAUGGAGAAACAAUUCUACCUAUGAUGGUUUAUUCCAUGGGUUGCUCAGAGCCUCUGUCAGUCAGAAUCGAGGGAUUUAGACUUGCCCAGCAUUUGGCGGCAGAUGAACAGCAAUGCAUAAAAAUGACAAGCAUAUGUUCUGGGCCUCUAACUGAAGCCAUUAUUGGAGGAAUGAGAGUUUGGAGCUUGGGCUCUGGAAAGGUUGCAAAUGAUCAGAUGUGUUUGCUAGAUGAGGCCUGUCGAUUGGCUCUAAUUACUCGUUGGCCAGGAGAACAUCACAAUUGCGUUUGGGUGCAAGGGAUUGACAAAGUUCUUCUUGAUCUGCUUCUUGAAAAUUUUCACAAAGAACAUCCUUUGUCAUCUGAGGAGCAAAUUUCAAUUGCUCAGGAAGGCCUUGAUACAAAUUUUCUUCUUGCACUGAGGCCAUACAUCUGGGAGAUUCUUGGAUGGCUUGCAGUGCACUGUACGAAAGAUUUUAGACCAAGCACAUAUCAAAAUGAACUCUAUAUUGACAUGCUUAUCACAUGUGCAUGCUUGUCUUUUGUAGAAGCAAUAUGCAAAGGAUGCAAAACAUGUGAAAAUGAUGAUACCUCUAGAAGUGAGUCAUCAUCCAGAGCAGUUUUAGUGAUGAUGCAUUCUGGCAGCACAUAUAUUGCAUCAAAAGUAAGGCUUAUCCUUUCUAGAGUUCUAGAGCCUAAGGGAAAUGAGUAUCUGAAACGCUUGCUGCAUUUAUUAGAGUAUGCAUCAUCAACAAACAAUUUUGGGUCGCUAAACAUUCCUAAAACUGUCAUUGAAUUGGUUGGUUUGACCUGUUAUUCUGGAUUGCCACAAUAUCAAAAGAAUGUUAUUAGAGAUGAUGGAAUGAAGACACUAGUGACUUUUAUAAGACGUUGCUUGAGCAAUCAAGUUUGUAUUAGGAGGAGGAGCUUUGCCUCUCAUCUUCAUAAUAAUGUGUUUUAUGAGAGGACAUGUUGCUGGAUGACUAAAGAAGAAUGGGAAGGAAAGGAUGCUCUUUUAUUCUACAGUUUGUGGGGACUAGCUGAGUUGGUACAGCAUUCCUCUGAUAGAAAUCAUACCAAAUCUCACCUAGUUAAGACAGUACAAGAUGUCUUAGAUAAUGUAUAUGCUCCUGGACCAAGAUGGUUGGCUGCACAUAUUCUUAGUUAUUUUGGAGUUUAUGGUUUUCCAAGUAAACAUGACAAAGGCUUUGUGAAAGCACUUGAAGACAAGGAACACACAGAUCUGCAACUCUUUUUCGCAAAUGGUGACUCUGUGAGUGCUCACAAAAUUAUUCUUGCAGUCCGUUGUCCAUCAUUGCUACCCACUGAGCAAUUUCCUCAUAAUGCAAAAAUUACUGAUAAAUUUUCAGUAAGAGAUAUUCCAGAAAUGCUCCAAAAAGAAGUUCGUUUGUCUGCUCAUGUUGAUCAGCAGGCACUACUGAAGUUGUUGGAUUAUGUUUACUUUGGUUAUCUUGAAGCAGGAGAAGAGCUUGCAAGGAAGUUGAAAACUCUGGCUAAGUCUUGUAACCUGCAGCCUCUUUUCCUAAUGCUUUGCAGAAAGAUACCUAGUUGGGGUACUCCUAUUCCAAGCUCUGAUCUCACUGAAGCUCUUGGCCCUGCUGGGUUCCAAUUUGCGGAUGUAAUCUUGGAAGCUAAAGGGACUGAACAAAUGCCCUGGGCAUGCAGUUUUUGCUCUCUAUUGGUGCCGCACAUGCACGCUCACAAAAUUAUAUUGUGGUCAAGUUGUAAUUAUCUUCGAGCCUUGUUUCAAUCAGGAAUGCAGGAAAGCCAUUCACAAACCAUAAAGGUGCCUGUCGGUUGGGAAGCAUUGAUUAAGUUGGUGCAAUUUUUCUACAGUAGUGAGUUGCCAAAUCCUCCCUUUGGAUGUUUGUGGGACAAUAUGGAUAUUAAGGAAAGGCUAUUUGAGCUGAAACCUUAUGUAGAACUUUAUUGGCUGGCUGAAUUUUGGAUUUUGGAAGAUGUCCAAGAAGCCUGCUUCAAAAUUCUUCUAUCUUGCUUGGAUUCUGAUAGGCAAUUGGCUGUUGAAGUUAUUAAACUUGCUGCUAGUUUCUCUCUAUGGAAGCUAGCUGAGGUAGCGGCAGGUUACAUGGCCCCCCUUUAUCAUAAACUACAAGAAUCUGGUGGACUUGAAGAUCUUGAUGAACUGCUAAUUGAUUUGGUUCGUGAUGCUUCCGUUAGGCUUUCUCAAGAGCGUGGCAAUUUGUCCAGAUGAUAUUGUGUAUAUCCAGGUGAUAGAGUCAAUAAGAAGCCUUGAAACAGUUUCUCAUACUUCCUAUAUCACGGAAUAGCAGAUAUGAAAUUUCUCUGCCUGGAGAAUUUACAUACUCAGGUUUUUCCAAGAAUUGCACUGAUUUCUAAAGUUCCAUGUCAUUGGAGGCAUUGAAGGCAUGAGCAAGACCAUCUGUAAUAUUUGUUGCACCAAAAUUCGCAAAACAUCAUGGACAUAUAUAAAUCCACAUCUUUUGCAUUUUCAAGACAUAGUUAAGAAUUUAUCCUAUAUAUUCAUAGUGCUUCAAAAUUAAAGCAAAUUGUCAAUGUACUUUGGAUAAUCCCAUUUUUGGUUUAGUACACACCAUUGUUCUCAGCAGCAGCAAUGGCUAUUGGUCUGGCUAGCCUCUAGGGGAGUGGAAGACAUUGUUAAAUGACUCUAGCUUGGGUUAGCUUAAUUAGUUUUUAACUGUUGGGUUGGAGUGUUCCUUCAAACUCACCAUUACUUUGCUAAUUUAGCACAAGAAUGGAGCUCUAAAAUGGUGUUUCUAGUACUGCUUGGCUGUUAUAAUACUGA